AUGCGAUUUGAUCUCCUGAUCUGGGCAGCAGCCCUGGGGCUGACCAACGUUCAUGCUUCCCCUGGUGACAGACGCAGAAGAGAUGAAAGCAAGAAUUUCACUCUCUCGGGAACCAAAAAGUUUAUCGUCGAAGUCGAAUCAGGCGCCCAACUAACCGAUCUAUCCCGGAAAAUUGAGGCCACGGGAUCCACCGUUCUCAGAUUGUUCGAUAGCGAGAUCUUCUCCGGUUUGAGUAUCGAGUCGACCAGCGACAAUUUGGACACCUUGCAGAGCCUCCGAGAAGUCUCGCAGGCAUGGCCGGUCAAGACUUACAAGCUCGCACCUCUCACGCCGCAGGCUUCUUUCAGCGACGACGCGACAGCCCAGAAUUGGUCCAUACACUACUCCACUGGGGUAGACAAACUUCACGAAGCGGGAGUCUUUGGUAGGGGAGUCAAGGUUGCUGUGAUCGAUUCUGGCGUCGACUACCGACACCCUGCUCUUGGUGGUGGUUUUGGGACCGGUUUCAAGGUCUCUGGUGGUUACGAUCUCGUCGGAGAAGAAUUCGAUGGUUCCAACGAAAAGGUGCCUGAUGAUGACCCUCUCGAUUCUUUGGGCCACGGCACACACGUUGCCGGAAUCAUCGCUGGGAAGAGUGAGUUUUAUGCAGGGGUUGCUCCUGAAGCCGAAAUUCUCGCCUUUAAAGUCUUUGGUGCCUUUGAAGGUACUGAUGAAGAUACACUUAUUGACGCAACCAUCAUGGCCUAUGAGUCAGGUGCAGAUAUCAUCACUGCAAGCAUCGGGCGCGCAGCUGGCUUUUCAGAUGGUCCCUGGGCAACGGUGGCAUCCAGAAUCGUAGAGCAAGGCGUCGUUGUCACUAUCGCAGCCGGAAACGAUGGCGAUGAGGGCCCAUUCUACGCCAGCAGCGGUUCGUCAGGAAAGGAAGUUCUAGCCGUUGCCUCCGUUGACACGAGCCGAGUGCCUGCUAAGCCGUGGCACGCAACCUUCAGCAGAGAGGGUGUUUCCAACACAACCCAGCUGGCUUACAUUCCGCCCGUCAACAGGCCGCUGUGGAACAUCACCGGUCUGCCCAUCGUUCCCCUGUCCUUUGACACCAAAGCAUCAGCUGAAGCUUGCAACACACUGCCAGACACGACGCCGGAUCUCUCCAACGUCAUUGUCCUCGUUAGACGAGGAGGAUGCACUCAGUACGUCAAGCAGACGAACGUGGAGAAGUUCGGCGCACAGUAUAUGCUCAUAUACAACGACGACUACCGACCCUUUGAGCUCGUCGCCAACUCGGCAUACAAAUCGCAAAUGGCCCUCAUUGACGCCAAAGCCGGUGCGGCGAUUAUCGAAACAGUCAAGACCGGCGGCAACGUGACUGCAGACUUCACCAACCCUGUAGAUCCCAACUGGGCAGUUGGUUUCUUCGAUGCUGCCGGUGGGAUCCCCUCACAGUAUUCCAGCUGGGGCGGUACCUACGAGCUGGAAAUCAAACCCGAUAUUGCGGCUCCUGGUGCCAGCAUCUACAGCACCUAUCUCGAUAAGACAUGGAAAGUUCUUUCGGGAACGUCAAUGGCGACUCCUUACGUUGCUGGCGUUGCUGCGCUCUACAUCGGUAAGUAUGGGGGCCGCUCAGUGCAUGGCAAGGGAUUUGCCAAGGAUCUCUCAAGGCGUAUUAUCUCCUGUGGGGAGUCUCUUCCGUGGCAGGCCAUUGAGCCUCAAGCAUUACCAACCGACUUCGGCUUCUUCGCGCCGGUUGCGCAGGCUGGCAAUGGCCUCAUCAACGCCACGAAGUUGCUGGAAUCCAAGACUUCGCUCUCGUUUGAGAAGAUGGCGCUCAACAAUACGGCAUCAUUCAAUGCUAAUCAUAGAGUCGACAUCACUAACAACGGCGAUGAUCCCGUGGGCUACACAUUCGCUGUGGAACCAGCUGGAGGGUUUAACGCACAAGGCAGGACUGCCCAGCUGCUUGCUGACGUGCUUGACGUCAAGCCAAUUGAACUUCUCCCAGACGUUACCUUACCCACGGAUGCUUUCAUCGUCAACCCUGGCGAGACAAGAACAGCUGAAAUCAGCUUCAAGUAUCCCCAAGUUGACGACGAGUCCAAACUGCCCAUUUACAGUGGCAAGGUUGUCAUUACUAGCGGAAAUGGAGAUACUCUCUCCGUUCCGUAUCUUGGUGCUGCAUUUGACCUCAAAGCUCAAAUGACCGAGAAAAUGUUCCCAGAUGGCUAUCCCCUGCAGAGAUCCGGCCCCAACAGCCUCGGUAUUGACGCGUAUCAUACCUACGCAUUCAACACCAGCCGGGUUGCGCAGGACUUUCCAAAGGUUCACGUUCAGUUCAAGUGGGGAACAAAGGAGCUGCGUUGGGAUAUUUUUGAUGAUGCAUACGAGGAGAGUCAAUGGAAGUAUCCGCCGGUAGUAGGUCAGGAUGGAUACAUUGGCUCCGCCACAUACUCGACAUACUCCGUUGGUGCGAGCACGUUCGAUCCUGCGACGAUGGACAGGGACAAGGUGCUACCCUUCCCCAUCCGGGGAAUUGAGCGCACCACAUCAUGGAGUGAGUUGACUGAUCGCUUCUGGUGGCUUGGAAAGUUGGCAAACGGCAGCUAUAUUGCUGCAGGAAACUACACCAUGCGCUUUGCAACUCUCACCCCCUUUAGUGAGCCUUCGGAGUCGGAAAGCUGGGAUAUCUGGAAGACACCCCAAAUUACCAUUCUGCCUUAUACACCAUGA